GCCUCAAUGUGAAGUGGAGUAUAGUUGAGACAGCAGACCGCACGGAGCCUCGGUAACGCUGCUUAGAGCAAUUGGUGAGAAGGUCACACGGCGAGCAAUAUGGCGACAAUCACAGAACCAAAGGCUGCGGAAAAAGACCUGGAAAAAAAGGAAGAGAUGGAAGAGAAAGAUGAAGAGAACGUAGAGAAUGGAGAGCUGGUGGGUGAGAAGAAGAAGAAGAAAAGGCGCAAGAAGAAGAAGACAGGAGAAGCUGUAGUGGAAGCUGAAGGGAAUGAUGGUCAAGUCAUUAAUGGAGGAGUCGAUAAAAUCACUGAAAACGUCAAGAAGCAAAGUCUAGAUGAUGCAGAUGAAGAGAAAGAAGCAGAUGGGGAAGGGGAUGGCGAAAAUAGCAAAAAGAAGAGGAAAAGGAAGAAGAAGAAGGGCGGAGCUGGAGGCGGAGAAGGGGGAGGAGAGAAGACCAGCGAGGAAGGUGCCUUGGGAAAAUCUGGAGCUUCCAAGAAGCAGACUGACCCCCCUACAGUCCCAAUCUCAGAAUUGUUUCCCGAGGGAGUCUAUCCAGAGGGUCAAGUGGUGGAACAUCCAGAAGUGAAUGGCCGGACCGCAGCUUGGCGUAUGAUGAGCGAGGAGAAGAAAGCCUUAAACAGCGCUCAUAAUGAUGUUUACAACGAUCUGAGGCAGGCUGCCGAGGCUCACAGGCAGGUCCGCAAGCAUGUACAGAGCUUCAUCAAACCUGGACUCACUAUGAUUGAAAUCUGUGAAAGGUUAGAGACGGCAUCAAGGAAGUUGAUUAAUGAGAAUGGUUUGAAGGCUGGCUUAGCUUUCCCGACCGGCUGCUCCAUCAACCACUGCGCUGCACACUACACGCCCAAUGCUGGGGACUCAACCGUAUUACAAUAUGAUGACGUAUGCAAGAUUGACUUUGGAACACACAUCAAUGGAAGAAUCAUUGACUGUGCAUUCACUGUGGCAUUCAACCCUAAAUACGAUCAACUCCUGGCAGCAGUGAAAGAUGCAACUAACACUGGUAUUAAGGAGGCUGGUAUUGAUGUAAGAUUAUGCGACGUCGGUGAGAGGAUACAAGAAGUCAUGGAAUCCUAUGAGGUGGAGCUCAAUGGGAAGACGUACCAGGUCAAGCCGAUCCGUAACCUGAAUGGUCACUCUAUCGGUCAGUAUCGGAUACACGCUGGAAAGACUGUCCCCAUCGUCAAGGGUGGAGAAGCUACUAGGAUGGAGGAGAAUGAGUUCUAUGCCAUCGAGACUUUUGGCAGUACAGGAAAGGGAGUGGUACAUGAUGACAUGGAAUGCUCGCAUUACAUGAAGAACUUUGAAGUUGGACAUGUCCCACUGAGGAUGGCGAGAUCGAAGAACCUACUGCAUAAAAUCAACAGUAAUUUUGGCACGUUGGCAUUCUGCAGACGGUGGUUGGACAGGAUCGGAGAGACAAAAUACCUGAUGGCAUUAAGGAAUCUAUGCGAAUCAGGGUUAGUAGACGCCUACCCGCCACUAUGUGACAUCAAAGGCUGCUACACAGCUCAGUUUGAGCACACGAUCAUGCUACGCCCGACCUGUAAAGAAGUGGUAAGCCGAGGUACCGAUUACUAGGCAGGCUAGUGUGACCUGCAGCCGAUUUCACGAAAUCCUGUCUCGAGUUAGGACGAGUAACACAUUCUUACCUAGGAUGGGUUCAAUGCGUCUUAACGUCUAAGGAUACGGAACUGAGCUCAACGAGUUUGGUGAAAUCGACGGCUGCUCUUUGAAGAGUCCAAAUAUCAGAGACUUUAAAACAUCCUGAUGUACCUGAAUGCGGGAGAAGAACAGCUUUCCGAUGAUAUCCAACACUUGGGGUUCGUGUAUCAGUAGUAUAUGUUUGAUGAUUAAAAGAGUUUGUUUAAUUCAAUCGGCUAAUUCCUGCUCUAGUUUUUGAAAUGGCACACUGCGGCCCGGAACCUCAUGUAAUGGCUAAGCAAACUUAUGUGCUGGUAAGCACAGAAUGGAUUGUGCUUAGCAGAAACCCGUCACCAGCCAAAUGACUUUACAUCAUGCACAUUUUCAACCGGGAACUUAACUCUUAACUCUUUUAAGUGCAAAGGUUGCACGUGAAUGAUUUAUUUGAUUUACUUGUCAUUGUCGAACAUGUACGAUCUAUUUUCUGUACUAAAAUAAUUUCAACAAUCGUACAUGUACGCCCCAUCAUAUACAUGUAGAUAAUAAAGCAAGAGGGCAUUAUCUCUCACACUAGAAAUACUGUUGACUUUGAGAUGUACCAAAUCAACACACAUUUUGACAGAUAGGAAAGACUUUCCGUUUUCUUUUUGUUUUGCGAAAAACCUCACAAAGCUGGGCAUUUUAGGUUUGGUACACACAAAAAACUUGAAGUUGAUCAAUACUGUGUACUCAGUUGAGCUCAGUUUUCACAAAUGUUGGAGCAGUUCAUGUUUUGGUGAUGAGCUGCGUGGAUGUAUGGCACUGAUAAUGUAGAUCAUUUAGAAAAAUCUAAAAUAUUGUUAGAAGUGACAACCAGCAUGUUCAUAUCAAAAAGUUACAGAAGUUUCACUUGAAAGCUUUAUAGUUUUUUUUUUUUUAUCAAAUGGUUUUUCUGAAAUUGUUUUGAACCCUUAAAACUACCUAAUCACUCAUUUAAUUCCAGUUCAGGUGAAGCAUGCAUCUAAAAUAGACUAGUCCCUUAAAAAGGUAAACAAAAACACGUUGCCUUGGAUCGGUCGAGUUGGUCUUCAAAAAAGUUUGUAACAGUUUGAUA